GUAUGAGAAAAAUGAUUGAUGCUGAAUAAAAAAGAACAGAUAAAUCGAAUAAAAUCAUGUUUAUGGACAGAGAGUGCUAAGAAUUAUAGAAGGCUGUUGAGGAUUUGGAAUAAAAAAUUCAAUAUACAAAAAAAGUUGAAACUGAGAAAUUAUAAAAAGUAAUUAUUUUAAAUGGUCUAACUAAUAGGAAUCUGAAAACCAUAAAAAUGAAAUAGAAAAAAUUAGAGCUUAUAAUAACUCUCUAAAAGAUGAGUUAGGUAGAUUGUUAGAAGGUAGAAGAUGA